UUACUAGUACAUUUAUCACAAUAUAAAACAAAUAACAGUGAAAGAAUACAAAGAAUUGAUGCAGUUAUCUUUACAGUUAUGCAACAUGGUUCACUGACAAGUGUCUUUUGCUUUCAUUGUGUUUAGAAUAAUUAUUCUAGCAUCUGUCACAUUUAAAGUCGCAUACUAUUGGAAUUCUUACAUUAGAAAUGAUCAGUGGAAUUAGAAUAUGAAUGUGAUUUGUUUUAUAUUUCUAUCUUUAUUGUUAUCAUUGUUGAGAAAUGGAGUGAAUGGAGGCACUGUUACUGUAACAGAAGUUCCAGCUGGUCAUUUAGCUGAGCUUCCAUGUUUGAGUAGUGAUGAUCAUCAUCGUUUUAUGUUUUGGCAACUUACUGAUGAUAAUCGUAUUAUUGGGCCAGGGAAUCCAAUGGAUGAAAACAAAUACAAUUAUGAAGUGUUAACAGGAAAACUUUUUAUAAGAGGAGUGUCAACAGCUGAAUCUGGUUUUUAUAAAUGUGUUUCAAAAGGUAUAUCAGAUCAUUCUGCUAUUAAUAUUCAUGUUGUUGAAUUAAUAGUUAAAAAAGAUUGGGAAGAUGUUUGGGAAAACGAUUUUGAGACAAAUUUAUUACGGGGCAUGGCUGCUGUUAUGGUAAUAGUUGUUGUUAUAGCUAUUGUUCUUUCUAUUAUUACGUCAAGAAGAAAACGUAAUCACAGAUUUUUUGAUUUAGAAGAAUCAAGAGAAAAUUCUCCUGCAAAAUAUACACCAGAUGUUCAUGCUGGUCCUGCAGUAUCUACACCAACAAUAGAUGGUGGUAUUGAUGGUGGAAUUGAUAAUUCAGCUCUUGAUAUAGAUUUCCCAAGAGUAUUUAAACAGAUGCAGAAAUAAUAAACAGUUAUGUAGCAUCUUUAACCAAAUUUUUUUAUAGUAAUUAUAAAAUAUUGUAUCUAAAAAGUACAUACACAGGCACGCACGCAUA